AUGGGCGACUCUCCGGAAUCAAAAACAAUCACCCUCCCCACAGCGUUGAUCACAGGGUGUAGCGACGGUGGGAUUGGCUCUUCCCUCGCCAAAGCGUUCCAGGCACGCGGCGUCCACGUCUUCGCGACCGCGCGCAAGCUGUCCAAAAUGACAGGCCUCGAGGGCCUACCCAACAUGACGCGACUGGAACUUGACGUCGAGUCUCCGUCCAGUGUGGUCGCCGCAAAGGAGACGGUCAUCGCCGCAACCAGCGGCGAUGGCCGCUUGAAUUACCUGGUCAACAACUCCGGGGUGAAUCUCAACUUUCCGGCCGUCGAGACAGACAUCAAGGACGCGAAGAAGGUCUUCGAUGUCAAUUUCUGGGGCGUCGUCUCCGUCAACAAUACGUUUCUGCCGCUACUAAUUGCCUCCAACGGGACGAUCAUCAACAACGCAUCGGUUUCGGCCGCUAUGUAUGCGCCAUGGAGUUCAUUCUACGCUGCCUCCAAGGCGGCACUACGCACGUAUAGCGAAACUCUCCGUCUCGAGCUGGCCCCGUUGGGCGUCAAGGUCAUGACCGUUAUGACUGGUCUGGUGACCUCCCAGAUAUUCGACAACAGCCAGCAGAACGACCUGGCCGAGACCUCCUUUUACACACCGGCGGCGGCGGAAAUUGCUUCCCUUGCCAGCGGACGCUCUAUCUUGCCCCUCUCGAUGUCCACGGCAGUGUAUGCGCAGAGGGUGGUGGACGAUGCGAUCGGCGGCCGGAGUGGAGUGCGCUGGAGGGGGAACACGGCGUCCGUGGCGUGGUUGCUCACUUCCUUGCUUCCAACCUGGUUGAUGGACCUUGUGCUUCUUUCCACCAGUGGAUUAAAGCACAUUGUAAAGUGA